AUGUCGUCUAAAGCUGAGGUCAUUCAAGAAUGGGCUGAUCUCGAUGCGAAUGGUGCGUCAUUCGAGCGUGGGCGCAUGGAAGCAAAUAUACAAUCAAUUUGUUUUCUUGAUCCAGCUGGCGUGCCAGAGGCUAUGAAGGACCGGCACAAGGGCGUCAAAGUCAAGAGCGCUGAUGUUCUGACUUUGACAAGUGAACUCCUUGUGGAGCCUGAGGUUGCCGAGUAUGCUCUAGUAGCUGCUGCUGGCGACGUCGAGCAAGCCUUCCAUCUGCUCAUGCGCCAUGCGUCUGUUUAA